AUGACCAGUGUGCUGGAGACGCCGGCUGACGGAACGGCAGUGGCACUGCAACACACCGAAGAUGCCCUCGCCCGAACGGCGGCAGAGCUGGCGGCUGUCAGGAUGGUUGCACUGCAGAAUCGACGGGCCCCGGAUCACCUACUGGCGGCUGAUGGUGGUACCUGUGCAGUGAUUGGUAAGGGGCGCUGCACGUUUAUCCAUGACGAGUCGACUAACAUCACCCACUUGGCUGCUCACAUUCGGGACUCGGUGGCUAACAUUCAAAAAUCGAGGGACCAGCUCCUCCAACACACCUCAUGGGGAAACUGGUGGCCGUUUGGAUCCCUGGGCAACUAUCACCGACUGGUCGUUUGCACUCAUUCUCGUUAUCAUCGAUGUGUUCAGUCAUCUACCCUACUGGUACAUCAGCGAGUUCACUCUGGGGAGAAGCCUUUCACCUGCUCAGUCUGUGGAAAGGGAUUCACUCAGUCAUCCAACCUACAGAGACAUCAGCGAGUUCAUACUGGGGAGAGGCCGUUCACCUGCUCACUCUGUGGGAAGGGAUUCACUCAGUCAUUUGACCUAAUGGCUCACCAGUGGGUUCACACUGAGGAGAAGCCAUUCCCCUGCUCAGUCUGUGGGAAAGGAUUCACUCUGUCAUCCAACCUACAAAGACAUCAGCGAGCUCACACUGGGGAGAAGCUGUUCUCCUGCUCAGUGUGUGGAAAGGGAUUCACUCAGUCAUCCAACCUACAGAGACAUCAGCGAGUUCACACUGGGGAGAGGCCAUUCACCUGCUCAGUCUGUGGGAAGAGCUUCACUCAUUUAUCCAACCUAUGGAAUCAUCAGCGAGUUCACACUGGGGAGAGGCCGUUCACCUGCUCAGUCUGUGGGCAGACAUUCACUAAUUUAUUCAGCCUACAGAGACAUCAGCGAGUUCACACUGGAGAGAGGCCAUUCACCUGCUCAGUCUGUGGGAAAGGAUUCACUCGGUCAUCCACCCUACAGAGUCAUCAGCGAGUUCACACUGGGGAGAGGCCUUUCACCUGCUCAGUGUGUUGGAGAGGAUUCAAUAUGUCAUCUGACUUACGGAGUCACCAGCGAGUUCACACUGGGGAGAGGCCGUUCACCUGCUCAGUCUGUGGGAAAGGAUUCACUCUGUCAUCUACCCUCCUGGUACAUCAGCAAAUUCACACUGGGGAGAAGCCGUUCACCUGCUCAGUCUGUGGGAAAGGAUUCACUCAGUCAUCUACCCUACUGGUACAUCAGCAAAUUCACACUGGGGAGAAGCCGUUCACCUGCUCAGUCUGUGGGAAAGGAUUCACUCAGUCAUCUACCCUACUGGUACAUCAGCGAGUUCACACUGGGGAGAAGCCAUUCACCUGCUCAGUCUGUGGGAAAGGAUUCACUCUGUCAUCUACCCUACUGGUACAUCAGCGAGUUCACACUGGGGAGAAGCCGUUCACCUGCUCAGUCUGUGGGAAGGGAUUCACUCGAUCAUUCACCCUAAAGAGUCAUCAGCGAAUUCACACUGCGGAGAAGCAGUUCACCUGCUCAGUCUGUGGGAAAGGAUUCACUCAGUCAUCUACCCUACUGGUACAUCAGCAAAUUCACACUGGGGAGAAGCCGUUCACCUGCUCAGUCUGUGGGAAAGGAUUCACUCAGUCAUCUACCCUACUGGUACAUCAGCGAGUUCACACUGGGGAGAAGCCGUUCACCUGCUCAGUCUGUGGGAAAGGAUUCACUCUGUCAUCUACCCUACUGGUACAUCAGCGAGUUCACACUGGGGAGAAGCCGUUCACCUGCUCAGUCUGUGGGAAGGGAUUCACUCGAUCAUUCACCCUAAAGAGUCAUCAGCGAAUUCACACUGCGGAGAAGCAGUUCACCUGCUCAGUCUGUGGGAAAGGAUUCACUCAGUCAUCUACCCUACUGGUACAUCAGCAAAUUCACACUGGGGAGAAGCCGUUCACCUGCUCAGUCUGUGGGAAAGGAUUCACUCAGUCAUCUACCCUACUGGUACAUCAGCGAGUUCACACUGGGGAGAAGCCGUUCACCUGCUCAGUCUGUGGGAAAGGAUUCACUCUGUCAUCCACCCUACUGGUACAUCAGCGAGUUCACACUGGGGAGAUGCCGUUCACCUGCUCAGUCUGUGGGAAGGGAUUCACUCGAUCAUUCACCCUAAAGAGUCAUCAGCGAAUUCACACUGCGGAGUAGCAGUUCACCUGCUCAGUCUGUGGGAAGGGAUUCACUCUGUCAUCUACCCUACUGGCACACCAGCGAGUUCACACUAGAGAGAGGCCGUUCACCUGCUAAGAAUGUGGGAAAGGAUUCACUCAGUCAUCCCACCUACUGGCACACCUGUCAGCUCAGAAUGGGGAGUGAUCAUUGUUAUGAAUCCCUAGGUUUUGUUUGCUGUGGGGAGGGAGAGAGGGAGGGAGGGAGAGGGAGAGAGAGCAAAUGUGUCUGACUUGCAGCUUGUUUACAUCGCGUGCAGCUUGUUUAGUUUUAACCGAGGACACAGACACAGAGUCAGACGGAGACGAAGGAGGAAAAAUGGAAGAAUCGAAACCAGGGAACUAGUGGCCAAGGGCCACUGUUUGGAACUUUCCUUUGCCCACAAGGAUGGGCUAAUUAUCGAUUCACCGUACUCAAAUGUGUGGUUGUCACAUCAUUUGAUCCGUAGGAGUGGAUCUGAUUUGGUUUAUCCUGCAGAGACCACUUAUGUGUUAACCCUUGCCUGGCUGUGGUGUGGUAAUUCAUUUGAAGAUGAUACCCCUCAUGAUAAGUCACUUCGGGUGAUAAUUAGUUUGUGGAUUUAGAAGGAUGACAGAUAAAAUCUACAGCGACUGUUGGUCUCAUUUUACCACCAUGGAACCUGUGGAAUACGACAUAAUUGCCUUCUCUCAACAUUUACCCUGGAUUACAAAUAUCUCUCUCAUCACCUAUUCUGUGGUUGAACUGAACUUUCAUACUUUACCAUCUCAAGACUCCAACCCUUGUCUCCCCCGAGCUCAAUAGUUUGCUAGUUAUAUUUAUAAACGUAACACUCAUCAGGAAAUUGCAGAUGCUGGAAAUUCAAACAACACACACAAAAUGUUGGUGGAAAACAGCAGGCCAGGCAGUAUCUAUAAGGAGAAGAACUGUCAAUGUUUCAGGCUGAGACCCUUCGUCAGGACUAACUGAAAGGAAAGAUACUUAGAGAUUUGAAAGUGGUGGGGGGAGGGUGAAAUGCAAAAUGAUAGGAGAAGACCGAAGGUGGUGGGAUGAAGCUAAGAGCUGGAAAGGUGAUUGGCGAAAGUGAUACAGAGCUGGAGAUGGGAACGAAUCAUCGGACAGGAGGCCUCGGGAGAAAGAAAGGUGGGGGGAAGCACCAGAGAGACAUGGAAAACAGGCAAACAAUUAAAUAUGUCAGUGAUGGGGUAAGAAGGGGAAGAGGAGCAUUAAUCGAAGUUAGAGGUCAAUGUUCAUGCCAUCAGGUUGGAGGCUACCCAGCCGGUACAUAAAGUGUUGUUCCUCCAACCUGAGUUUGGAUUAAUUUUGACAGUAAAGGAGGCCAUGGAUAGACAUAUCAGAAUGGGAAUGGGACAUGGAAUUAAAAUGUAUGGCCACUGGGAGUAGUCUGUUGCUGCUGGUUCAUUUCUAAAGCGUUACGGUUUGUAACAAAAUGGGGCCUGCACCUGGGAUAUGAACAAAUUUAAGGAUUGAUUUAAUAUGGAUUUCAUUGGGGAAAUCCCUUUUGAUUAAUUUGUGUGUGGAAAAUCAGCAGCAAUGGAUGUUGAUAGAUAUCUGGAAGUGUGAACCUCUCAGGCAUUAGAGGACACCAGAAGGAUUGAGUUGUUGAGUAUUGCUAGAACGUUAAUACUUGCUGAGGUGAAAUUGACAAUGAGGAGGGCAGUGAUGCAGAGGAUAACAGCUGAACAUUAUGUAUCUGAGGGGGUGUUUAAAGUGGAGGAGUUGGAGGUGUUUCCUGAAAGUAAACAUCGUGGGCUUGAGCUCCAGUAGAAGUUAGAAAAAUUGAAGAUGGAGGCUCUGGAAAGGCAGAGACAGUUUCAGGCUGGAAAGGCAGAAAAACAGACAGAAAAUUCUCUUACAAAGUGUAAUUAAAGGGAAGGCUUAGCAAGCCUAUUCUGCUUUGACAGUAGCUGAAGCAGCUGAUUAUUUACUUAUUUAUGCUGCCCCAAUCAUCGCCACUGGGCUAUAAAUGUGCAGGAGCUGUGUGUGGUUCAGUGCUUUGCUCAAGGACACACAAGCUGCCUCGGCUGAGGCUCGAACUCAUGACCUUCAGAUCGCUAGUUCACCACCUUAACCACAUGGUCACGCACCACACAUUAUGACCCAGUGAAACAGGCUGUGCUCAAACCUUACGAGUUGGUCCCAGAAGCAGACAGGCAAAAGUUUAGAAAUUUGAAGAAAUCUAUGAACCAGACAUACAGAAUUUGCUUAUGAGAAAUUUGUGUGUUUUGACUGCUGGUGCACAUCUGAUCAUGUAUGAUGAUUUUAACAGCUUGAAAGAGUUGGUUUUAAUUGAAGAAUUCAGAAGGUGCGUCCCUGAUGACAUAAAGAUGUAUUUCGAUGGAAAUGAUGAAACAUUUUCAUAUGAGUUGAAUUGUCUUUUCCUAAACCUUACUUAUAUUAUAUUUAAUUAUUUGGAUGGAGGUUCGGAGUUAUUAGCACUACUGUAUACGUACUUAACAUUAUUGAAUGGCCCAUGUUGGUUAGUGUUUUUUUUUCUGAGGUCUUUUUUUUCUUUUUAUUUCUUUGUUCAUCAAUGUUAUGAGUUUGGGAGGUUAUCUAUUUUUAUUAUUAUAUAUCUGAAUGUCUAUUUAAACUGUUAAAUAUGUACUCCCAAACAAUUUGUAUUCACGUUUCAUUUAUGUUUGUUUAAAAUUAAUAACAAGAUUUAAAAAGAGGGCAAGAGAGAAGAAUUGGUCAAAAUUGAUUUGAAAAGAACACGGGCAGGGAUGAAAACAGAACAGCAAUGGCUGGAAUUUCUGGAAGCAAUUCGGGAGGCACAGGGUAUAUGCACAUCACAAAGAGCAAGUAGUAUUCUAAAGGUAAAGUGUGAAAACCGUGGCUGAUAAAGAGAAACCAAAGACAAUGUAAGAACCAAGGAGAGGGCACAGAGCAAAAAUUAUUAGGAAGUUAGAGAAUUGGGAAGCUUUUAAAAACAAACAGAAUGCAACUAAAAUAAUUAAGAAGGAAAAGAUGGAAUACAUAGAUGUGCUAGCCUGCAAUAUUAAAGAGGAUACCAAAUUUUUCUUCAGGUACAUAUAGUGUAAAAGAGAGGCUGAAGUGGAUAUCGGACCACUGAAAAAUGAUGCUGUAGAUGUAGAAAUGGGGUGGGGCUGCAAGGUGAUGGCAGAUGAACUGAAUAAGUCUUGUACGUCACUCUUAUCUCUCGAAGACACUGGCAGGAAUAUGGAAGUCCCAGAUGUCAGUGGUCAGAAUGUGUAAAGUUACGUUACACGGGAGAAGGUUCUUUGGGAAACAGAGAUGGUCUGAAGGUAAAUAGGUCACCUGGACCAGAUGGUGUACACCCCUGAGAUCCGAAAGAGGUGGCUGAAGUGAUGUGGAGGCAUUAGCAUUGAUCUUUCGAGAAUCGUUAAGGAAAUAAAAUCCAAAGAUUUUUCCUUCACUGCUCCCCCUCUCCCAGUUUCACCCAUCACCUACCACAUCUUCCACCCCUCCAACCCCCACACUUGCUUCCUCUGACGUCUCAUCUUUUUUGUUCCCAGUCCUGAUGAAGGGUCUCGGCCCGAAACGUCGACUGUUUGCUAUUUCCCAUAUGUGCUGCCUGGCCUCCCAGGUUCCUCCAGCAUUUUGUGUAUGUGUUACUUGGAUUUCCAGCAUCCACAGAUUUUCUCCUGUAUUUGAUAAAAGCAAAAGCAGGGUCAUGUAAUAUAGUAAGAAAACAGUGGGAAGUGAGAGGAUUGGAAAUCUUUUACAUAACCAACAGGAGACAACAAAAAUAAAACACACACACACAGGAGAGACAUGAUGAAAAAUUACGGUAAGUGAUCCAAUAAUAUCAGGUAUCAAAAGUUGUUCAGAUAUACAAAGAGUAAAAGAGAGGGAAGAGUUGAUAUUGUACCACUGGAAGAUGAUGCUGGCGUGUUAGUAAUAGAGCAAAGAAAUCGCGGCCGAAUGUAACAAGUAUUUUGUGUCAAUCUUCACUGUGUAAGACACAUGCAGAAUAAUACUAUAAAACAUAGGAGCAAAAUUAGGCCAUUCAGCUCUAUUGAGUCUGCUCCGCCGUUCUAUCAUGGCUGAUCCCGGUUCUCACUCAACCCCAUGCACCUGUCUCCUCGGCAUAUCCUGUAAUGCCUCGACUGAUCCAUAAACUAUUAGCUUUUGCCUGAAAUGUACCCACAGACCUGGCCCCCACCGCCGUCUGUGUCAGAGAAUUCCACAGAUUCACUGCUCUCUGACUAAAUAAAAUCCUCCUCAACUGCUCUAAAAGGUUGCUCCUCCGCUUUCAGGCUGUGCCCUCUGUUAUGGCUACCCCCACCAUAGGAAAAGGCCUCUCCUCAUCCACCCUAUCCGGACCUUUUCCACAUUCAGUGGGUUUCAGUGAGAUUCAAGAUUCAGGAUGAGGUUUAUUACAACAGGCAUUUGGCUUGAAAUUUGUUGACAGCAGCAGCAGUUCAAUGCAAUACAUAUUCUGGCAUAGAUAAUAAUAAUAAACUAAUUAAAACAAUAAUCAACAAGUAAAUCAAUUAUGUGUGAUGAAUAUUUUAUUAAAAUGUGUAAACACAGAAAUACUGUAUAUUGAAGAGUGUCCAAAGCUUUCAAAGUCCAUUCAGGAAUCGGAUGGCAGAGGGGUAGAAGCUUUUCCUGAAUCACUGAGUGUGCGCCUUCAGGCUUCUGUAUCUCCUACCUGAUGGUAACAGUGAGGAAAGGGCAUGUCCUGGGUGCUGAAGGUCCUUUAUAAUGGACGCUGCCUUUCUGUGAUACCGCUUCCUGAAGAUGUCCUGGAUUCUUUGUAGUCUCGUACCCAAGAUGGAGGUGACGAGAUUUACAGCCUUCUGCAGCUUCUGAACACCCUCCACCCACAUUUACUAAACAUAAGUCAGUGCAGGAAUACAGGCCCAAAGCUGGCAAACGCUUCUCAUGCUUAACCCCUUCAUUCCCGAAAUCGUCUUCUUGAAGAUCCACUGGACUCUCUCCAAUGAUAACACACAUUUUCUAAGAUAGAAGUCCCGCAUACUCUAACUAACGGAAUGUUAGCCUUCAUUGGUAGAGGGAUUGAAUUCAAGAGCAGGGAGGUAAUGCUGCCACUAUACAGGGUACAGGUGAGGCCGCACCUGGAGUACUGUGUCCAGUUCUGGUCUCCGUACUCGAGGAAGGAUAUAUAGUACUGGCUUUGGAGGCAAUGCAGAGAAGGUGAAACAGUUUGAUUCCAGGGAUGAGGAGAGAUUGAGUCGCCUGGGACUUUUCUCUCUGGGGUGCAGAAGAAUGAGAGGGAAUCUUAUAGAAAUACCCAGAAUUUUGAAAGGGAUAGAUAAGAUAGUAGGAAAGUUGUUUCCAUUGGUAGAUGAGAGUAGAACUCGGGGACAUUGCCUCAAGAUUCAGGAGAGAAGAGUUAGGACGGAGAUGAGGGGAAACUGCUUUUCCCACAGAAUGGUGAAUCUGUGGACUUCUCUGUCCAGGGAAGCAGUUGAGGUUUCCUCACGAAGUAUAUUUAAGAUAGAGUUCGAUAGGUUUUUGCAGAAUAAGGUAAUGAAGGGUUAUAGGGAAGAGGCAGGUAGAUGGAGCUGAGUUUCCUGACGGAUCAGCCAUGAUCUUAUUGCAUGGCGGGACAUACUCAAUGGGCCAAUGGCCGACUCCUGCUCCCAUUUCUUAUGUUCUGACGUGCGGCCUGAGGAGUGUCUUGUAAAGUAUCAGCAUUAUCUCCUUGCUGAUAUAUUCUACUUCACUUUAAAUAAAGCCAGCAUUGUAUUUGCCUUCUUUACCACAGACUCAACCCGGAAGUUAAUCUUCUGGGAGUCUUGCCCAAGGUCCUGGUGUCGUAGUGACGUCAGCGCCGGACUCCGUAACGGAGGUUCCCGGGUUUGAAUACAGUCGGUCCUCUCCCUUGUACGCUUUCCAUCCGUGCCGGGUUGAGUGUUGAGCUCGCAAUUCGACCUCAUAAAAUAAAGAAAAAUACUGUGAAAUGUCUAUGUGAGGAGAAGCUCCCUACACAACCUUCCGA